AUGGCGUCCCCCAACAAGGAAAUCGUGCUCGUGACUGGUGGGAACGGCGGGAUCGGCCUCGAGGUCGCACGACAACUCUCCCGUGACCACGGCGACAGGUUUCACGUCCUCAUUGGCUGCCGGAACCUAUCCGACGGGGAGAAGGCCGUCAAGGAGCUGCAGGGCGAGGGCCGUGGCGAGGACGCACCGGUCGAGGCCAUCCAGGUCGACAUCACCAAUGAGGAGUCGCUGGCCGCCGCCGCCAAGCUGGUCGGCGACAAGUUCGGCAGGCUCGACGUCCUGCAUGCGAAUGCAGGGAUCUCGGGCGACAAGAACUACGCGGGCCGGCCCUUGAGUGAGAUCAUCACCCUGACGGUGGCGACCAACGCCGCCGGCUCGGCCGCCAGCGUCGAGCACUUCGUGCCGCUGCUGUCCAAGGCGGACAACCCGCGCGUCGUCUUUAUGAGCUCAGGGGCCGGCAGCCUCAAGCUCGCGCACCAGUUCGGCUUCGCCAAGGACUACCCGGCCUACUGCGUGAGCAAGGCCGCCGAGAACAUGGUCAUGAUCUACUACUACCUGCGGUUCCCCGAGUGGAAGGUCAAUGCUUCGAAUCCUGGGUUUAGGGCUACCAAGAUCAACAACUACGGGGCGGGUGUCAAUGAGACGCCGGGGCCGAUCUCUGAGGGGGCGAGCAACGCUGUGAGACUGUCGCUGCUUGGGAAGGAUGGCGAGUCGGGGACCCAUACUAUGCUGCAGGCCUCGCAGGACGAGUACAGCAAGACCAUGGCUGGGGAGGGCAAGGUUGUCACUGUUCCUUGCGAGUUGAUCCUGUUACAAGAUGCGAGCGUCUUGGACCCAGAGGUCGAUCCAUUCGGCGACGGCAGGGAAUUGGUGUCCUGGUGGGGCAGGUUCUACUUUUCGCGUUCGUUGAUACUUCUGAUAGGGGCCUGA